AUGGCCACCCGCCCGAUUCUUCUGCGGUUUGAGAGUCGGAAUGGGCAGUUCCGGUUCACCGUCAGCCCUCAAGACGACUUCCCGUCACUCCAACAGAAGAUCCAGGAACACUUGCCUUCAACGGUUGAUCCGACAUCCAUCACCUUGUCCAACAGACCAAUAGGCACUGGCGGGGAAGAGAGAGCACUUCAAGCUUUGGCAGGGGUGGCUAUCACGCAAGUGGGCCUCAAACAUGGUGACAAGCUAUUCAUCGGCUACAAGGAACAAACAACUGCCCAAAAUGGCCCCUCCAACGGUACCACGUCUACUCCUACCGAGCGUCGAUUGAAUGGUACCUCGGUGCCCCAACAGCAGACCGUUCCUCUCCGCCCGCAGCCUACCUCACACUCACUCAACAUAAAAAACCCAUGGGAUGUAGUACAGCAGUCCCGCACUGACGAUCUGCUCGACCAGAAAGAUGGCAAAAUCAAGCGCAACAAGGACCAGAGGAUGUGCAAGCAUGGCCCGCGCGGCAUGUGUGACUAUUGCAUGCCGCUAGAACCUUAUGAUGCGAAAUAUCUAUCGGAAAAGAAGAUCAAGCACCUCUCGUUUCACUCAUACUUACGGAAAAUCAAUGCUGCUACGAACAAACCCGAGAUGGGGAGCUCUUUCAUGCCCCCGCUCAGUGAGCCUUUUUACCGAGUAAGGCGUGAUUGCCCAUCGGGGCACCCCCAGUGGCCGGAAGGAAUUUGCACCAAAUGUCAGCCUAGCGCAAUCAGUUUGCAACCCCAAGAAUAUCGUAUGGUCGACCAUGUGGAAUUCUCCUCACCCGAUUUGAUCAACUCUCUGCUGGACUUUUGGCGGAAGUCGGGUGCGCAGCGGCUCGGAUUUCUGUACGGGACAUAUGAGGAAUAUACCGAGGUGCCACUAGGAGUCAAGGCUGUCGUACAGGCAAUCUACGAGCCCCCUCAAGUUGGCGAAGUGGAUGGGGUGACCCUCCAUGAUUGGCAGAACGAGGAGGAUGUGGACCAAGUCGCCCAUUUAUGUGGCCUCCAAAAGGUUGGGGUCAUUUUCACAGACUUACUUGACGCGGGUCGAGGGGAUGGCUCGGUUGUGUGCAAGCGUCAUAUUGAUUCAUACUAUCUCUCGUCCCUUGAAAUCGCGUUCGCAUCGCGGCUACAGGCCCAAUACCCCAAGGCGACAAAAUGGAGUCGCACAGGACGGUUUGGCUCUGAUUUUGUUACGUGUGUCCUCAGCGGAGACGACACCGGUGCCAUCGCUGUGAGCUCGUACCAGGCGACAGUAUCGGCGGUGGAGAUGGUUCGGGCCGACAUCAUUGAACCCUCUGCAGAGCCUUCUGUCAUGCUUGUCCAAUCUGAAGAAGAUGAUGACCUGGGCAGCAAGACACGUUAUAUCCCCGAGGUGUUCUUCCGGCGAAUCAACGAGUAUGGCGCCAGUGUACAAGAGAAUGCCAAGCCAAGUUUUCCUGUAGAUUUCCUGCUUGUGACCCUCACCCAUGGAUUUCCAACCGAGUCAUCACCUCUCUUUACCAACAGCCGCUUUCCAAUCGAGAACCGAGAGGUCAUCGGCGAGAGCCAAGAAUUGCGACAUGUGGCUCAGAAACUCAUGUCACAUGGAGACCCUGACAAGGCUAUCCAAGGCAUAUCUGACUUCCAUCUAUUAUGCUUCUUACAUGGACUUUCCACGUUUAACAAGGACGAGGAAGCACUACUAUGCCGAGUCGCUACGACCCAUGCUCCAGCCGACGGGAUGCAGUUAUUGAAUACCUCGGGCUGGGCAACCUUGAUGACAAUUCUUCAGGAGAGUGGUGAGCGCCCCCCUAAACGCCCUUGGCCCACCACGGCCGAGGCGUCCCGCUCGGCUUCCCAACCAGGGAAGCAGCGGCUUUCACCCGCUUCCCAACUACCCCGUUCUGUGUCUCCUAAGUCCGACGGCGAACAGCUUGCUAAGAGGUUCAAGGGAACUAGUCUAGAGUGA